AUGCCGGUGUCGGGCGGUGAUCGGAGUGGAGGCGGGCCGGAUCCAGGGUCCCCUCCAUCCCACGCUGUGGUGUGUCCAGCCCGUUUAGAGGGACAUAUGAGUACCAAAAGCAAUGCCUUCUGCAUCGGCCCCAGCAGCCGGCUCAGUGACCAGUACCGGAUCCGGGACCACAUGCUCGCCCACUACAACAAGAUCCUUACUGCGAAAGCUGCCGUCGAUUGCUCCCCUCCGAAGAGUAUGACCAAAAGCAUUAAAUACAAUGACCAGCAGAGGCGGGAGAGACUGAAAACGGUGGUGACCCGCAUAGAGCGCGACUCUUCAUCUUCCAGAGCCUCAUCAUCGCGCCCCAACUCUCGGGAGAGCUUGGACUCCGCCUUACAGCAAAAGGAUCUCUAUAAUGGAUACCGUAAUACUCACAGACAGUUUUCGUAUUCGGAUCCCGGGGCUUCCCCGACUUCCUUCAUCUCUUCGCCCAGACACUUCCAUUCCUCGGAGCAUGCCGCAGACAUCAGGAGGAGGCACCCCGACCUCUCCGGAGCUUCUUCCAGGAUGGGCUGCGGCCUCUCUGGCUCCUCCACCUGGGGCGCCGCCAUGCGCAAAUUCCAGGACAACCGUGAGAAAACCUACAGCGGAGACCUGAUAGAGAAACACUCCCAUCACUUCACCAGCAAGCAGCGGCCCUUUACACCGCGGACUCUAAAGACACCGGCUAAGUCCGCACUGGCGCAGAGCCGCUUUUAUACCCCACCCAGGAGGAAGAGGAAGGAGGUGAAUGAGGCUGAGGUCCAGACUGAUCUAAGCAGUUUUAGGGGCCGACAUGGAGCAGCGAAUAGAGACCCUCCACUAGAUGGAGAACAGGUUGAAGACCCAGAAGACUCCCUUCUAAGUGAUGAGGAAGUGGACACCGACCAACACCGAUUCUCUGCCUCCAGGAUGUCUUUUAAUGAAUUUAAAUCUCCAUCCCCCACAAUGCAGAGGAUCCAUUCCGAAGAGGAAGAGUUGGCUUACUUGGAAUUUGUGGCUGAUGUGACCAAUGAAAUCAUGUCUCUGGGAUUGUUCUCGGACAGAGUUCUAGAUCGAGUGUUUGAACGUCACCUUGAAGAAAACAGACAUUGUUUAGAUGAGGGGAAAAUGCGCCACUUGCUGGACACUCUCAGGGCUGACUUGGACUCUAAGGAUGAGAAGAAACUUGAACUUUUUGUAGAUCACAACUUUAGCACCAGAAGAAAUUUUAGAGAUCAUUUUGUCCUUCCUCAUGCAAUGAAGAAUGAUGGUUUACUUUCCCAAGACUUUUCUAUAAGGGACUACAAAUCUAACCUAAGAUACCUCGAUGGAAAGGAAAAUGAGCCUCAACUCCAUGACAAAAGUCAGAAUGGCUUAGAUGAAGAAGACAACCCUGGACCAAGUGGUUCCCACAUUUACCUUGGAGCAAGAGAUUUGGACCACAACAAUGUUCUAAGUGGUCAGGAGGACUUUGAAGCCACCCAACAGUCACCUGAAGCUGUUACUCACCUUCCUGAGGAUGAGCCUGACACUUCUCAACAAAAAGAUGACUUCUUAUUCUUUCAGGAUGAUCAUGAAGAGACACAUUCCGAAUCACAAGAAAACACCCAGCUGUUGGAGAAGAUGUCACCUGUGGAUGAUGUUCUCCCAGAAGACCAUGAUGGAAACCAGAGAAGCAUCUCCCAGAUGGGUCUGACCGAUCUGCCAGAGCUGGAGCAUGACAUGAGGAUUGUCCAUAAACCUAAGGAUCUUGAGGAUCUGGAACAGAGCUUCUCGGAAAUGAUUCAAGUGUCCAAAGCUGAAGAGUGUUUUGUUCGUGAGGAAGAAACUGAGAACGUUCCUUCUGACCAGGAGAAUGUCAGUGAUCAGGAUGAUUUCUAA